CGAACGGCAAGAGAAAGGCAGCUCUCCGAUGUCGGUGCGCGAGACUCCUGCGGGGUUUCCUGGACUGAACGGGUCGACAGGCUCAGUAAGCUGAGGAGGAGUUCAGGACCUGUGUAGGUGCAACAACUGCUUUCAAUUCCGUAACAGACACCCUCCGUUUUUGUCAAGUCUACUAUGGAUUACAAGUUAUUCACAUUUUAGUCUCACUUUAAGAGCAAGUGAUAUAUUGUAGAGUGCGUGUUUCUAGAAAGAAAAGAGUGCGCGCUUGGGUCGUCUGGGGACUUCUUUUUUUAAUCGCGGUAGAAGGAUUUUUGGCGACUCUUCAUACAGGUGUGGACUUCUACUCCUGGGUCCCUUAACGUCCCCCAGUAGGAAAACCAUUCCAGUCAUGGAGCUAUCUCCGAGGGACGCCAAGCAACGGCGGCGGGAAGCGAACAGAAACUCAACACAUCUCGAGAGGCGGACGACUCUAAAGAUAUCGCCGGUUAGGAUGGCCGCUCUCCUCUCCUUCAGCAUACUCUGCACGAAAGUCCUCUCUGCCCAGGCCGCCAUCUACUUCUCCAAGGAGCCCAAAUCCCAGGAUGCAUUGCACGGGCGUAGUGCCAUGCUGCGGUGCGAGGUGAGUGGCGGUGCCAACGUGCGGUACAGCUGGCUGCAUAACGGCGAGGCGGUGCAGGAUACGGAGCGGCGCUUCCAGGAGGGCAGCAACCUCAAGUUCACCGCCGUGGACCGCCAUCUGGACGCCGGGGCCUUCCAGUGCCUGGCCACCGACACAGACAGCGGGGAGGAGGGACAAUCUAACAAUGCCUCCUUCAACAUCAAAUGGUUGGAGAGUGGGGGCGUCACCCUGAAAGAGCCCGCCUCCGAGGAGGACAUCGAGAGCUCUCAGCCAGUCACGUUUCGCUGCCACAUAGACGGACACCCGCGGCCCACGUGUAAGUGGUACAAGGAUGGCGUGCAGCAGACGGACAAGAUGCACCUGAUCAACAGUAAGGAGCGCACCUUGACCAUCCGCGCGGCCAGCCCGGACCACAACGGCAUCUACUACUGCUGCGCCCGCAACGCCGCCGGACAAGUCUGCAGCAACAGCAACUUCACACUCAACAUCAUAGAUAAGAGCUUCCCGCGGCCGGUGGUGGUGCCUGAGGACCAGGUGGUGUUGCGGAAUGGAGAGGCCAUAUUCCACUGCCAGUUCACCGCCGACCCUCCGCCCGUAGUGGAGUGGUUCCACGAGACGGAGCCUGUGGUCAACAAAACACGGCUGGCGCUGUACAAUAACGGCACGCUGCAUAUCAUCCAGGUGAAGGGCCGCAGUGUGGGCACCUACAGGUGUGUGGCACACGGGGCCACCGGACGCAACGUCACCUUGCAGGCCACCCUGAGUCUGGCAGAGAUCCAGGACCUGGGCCCCAGUCAGGACCAUGUGUUCACAGCUAACUCUCAGGAGCGUAUCAGCUGCUACGCGGGGGGCACACCCGAGCCCCAGGUGACCUGGGAGCUGCCCGACAGCCAGGCGGCCAGCCCCGAUGGCGUCCGCAUCUACCAGGAUGGCGGCUCUCUCAUGUUCAACCCCACACAGAAGGCGGACUCGGGCACCUACAUCUGCACGGCCAGCAACAAGGCGGGCAAGAGGACCCAGGAGCACAGAGUCACCGUGGCCUCGGCCCCUGAGUGGGUGUCUCAGCCUGAGGACUCCACCAUGAGGGAGGGCCAGCCCGGCUUCCUGCACUGCCACGCCCAGGCCACGCCCACGCCAGAGGUCACAUGGUACCGCAGCAGCCAGAUCAUCAACCCGGAGGAUUCUCGCUUCACGCUGUUCCCCAAUGGCACGCUGCGCAUCAACAGCGUGGAGGUGUACGACGGCCUCAUGUUCGGAUGCCAGACCAAGAACAUAGGCGGCUUCCUCACCGGACAGGCCAAGGUCAAAGUCUUAGAGAGGCUGAAGUUCACUCCUGCCCCCCAGCCCAUGCAGUGCUUGCAGCUGGAUAAGGAGGUCAGCGUGCAGUGCUCAGCCACCGGAGAGGAGCCCCCCACCGUCCUCUGGACCAAAGCAGAUGGCAGUGAGUUACCUCCUCGCGUGGAGCAGACUGGUGGUGUGCUGCGCUUCAGUAAGGUGACGCGGGAGGAUGCGGGCAACUACACCUGCCGUGCCUCCAAUAGCCUGCAGGGGGAGAUCAGGGCCUACGUCUCCUUCACCGUGGGAGUGUCGAUCCAGUUUAAGUUGAAGCCGGAGUACACCACGGUGUACCAGGGCCACACGGCCAUCCUCCAGUGCCAGGCCACGGGGGAGCCAGAGCCCAGCCUGCAGUGGAUAGUCAAGGACAAGAUGCUCUCCGCCAGCACCGGCAGGUUCCAGGUGAUGGCCAAUGGCUCCCUGGUCAUCUCUGACGUGGUGACGGACGACACGGGCAGGUACACCUGUGUAGCGGGGAACAGCUGCGGCAUCAGCGACCACGCGGCACAGCUCUACGUCGUGGAGAAACCAGUGCAGCCAGUGGUAGAGGAGGAGGACAAGGCUCCCUAUAAGAUGAUCCAGACCAUCGGGCUGUCGGUGGGGGCAGCAGUGGCCUACAUCAUCGCCGUGCUGGGCCUCAUGUUCUACUGCAAGCAGAGGCGCAACGCCAAGAGGCUCCUCAAGGGGCAGCACGGAGACGAGCCGGAGAUGGAGUGCCUCAACGGUGGUACUGGGGUGCAGCAGAAUGGCCAGACCACGGCGGAGAUCCAGGAGGAGGUGGCGCUCACCAGCGUGGGUACCACGGCAACAGCCGAGAAGAGGCACAGCACCAACGACAAGCUGCACUUCCCCCGCGCUGACUUGCAGACCAUCACCACGCUGGGUAAGGGUGAGUUUGGCGAGGUGCUGCUGGCCAAGGCGAAGGGUAUCGAGGAGGGGGAGGAGGAGACGGUGGUGCUGGUCAAGAACCUCCAGGCCCGGGACGAGCAGCUGCAGGCCGACUUCCGGCGCGAGGCCGACAUGUUCGCCAAGCUCAGCCACCCCAACAUCGUGCGCAUGCUAGGCUUGUGCCGCGACCAGGAGCCACACUGCAUGAUCCUGGAGUAUGUCGACCUGGGUGAUCUGAAGCAGUUCCUCAGGAUAUCCAAGAGCAAAGAUGAGAAGAUCAAGCCCCAGCCCAUCAGCACCAAAACCAAGGUGUCCAUCUGUGCCCAGGUGGCCAGUGCCAUGGAGCACCUGUCCAGCCAGCGCUUUGUGCACCGAGACCUGGCCACCAGGAACUGCCUGAUCAGCGGACAGAGGCACGUCAAGGUGUCCGCCCUGGGCCUCAGCAAGGACGUCUACAACAGCGAGUACUAUCACUACCGUCAGGUGUGGAUCCCUCUGCGCUGGAUGCCUGCGGAGGCGGUGUUUGAGGAUGACUUCUCCACCAAGUCGGACGUCUGGGCCUUUGGGGUGCUGAUGUGGGAGGUGUUUAGUCACGGAGAGCUGCCUCACGCCAAGCUCAGCGACGACGAGGUCCUGGAAGCUCUGCAGGCUGGUAAGCUGAAGCUGCCGGCAGCAGAGGGCUGCCCCUCCAAGGUCUCCAAGAUGGCGGCUCGCUGCUGGGCGCCCAGCCCCAAAGAGAGGCCCUCCUUCAGCGAGCUGGCCCAGGCCCUGGCUGACAUACCCUCCGACAGCAAAGUCUGAAAUGGGGGAGAGCUAUCCCACACUGUGGCGUGCUGUGCGGUGGGGUGCAGUGCUAUGUUACGCCGUGGCCUGGCAUGACCCUCACACUCACAAUCGUUUGUGGACCCUCGCCCUGGCCGUGGCCCUUAUCACCCCACUUCCAACCUCCCCCGGACCCUGACCUGAACUGCCAACCCCAAACUUGCCAUUGCCUCUUUCCUCCAGACUUCCCAUUACCACCGCCUCCCACCUCCCAGACACUCACCUCAAACCUGCCCCCCACCCCCUUUCACACUCUCCUGACCGGCCACCUAUACCGACCCAUUGUCCUCAGGCCCUCCCAGUCUCCCCAACUUACUGUACCCUGCCCCCAGGACCUACCCGGACCAAUCGCCUGCACAAUCACAGACAUGCUGGAAGCAGAACUGAGUCUGACACAUUUCAGGGGGAGGAGAGGAGAGGAGAGGAGUGGAGAGGAGAGAGCGUUUUGCUUGGAAAAGAGGAGACUUUUUUGUAUUCAGAGAAGUGUGUAUGUGGCGUGCUUAUGUACGGUACAGCACGCGUGUUGUGUGUGUAUGUGUAUGUAUACGUGUAUGUGUGUGAAAAAGGACUCGGAACCCCAGGGAGCUUUUUUUCGUUGUUUGCCUUAAUUGUGGCCAAGGCUGUUUGCACUCGUCCGCAGAGUUUCACCAUAUGCCCACCGACCCCACUAUGAGGUGCUUCUUUACCUCUCUCUCUCUCCCUCUGUCUCUCUUCUCUUCUCUCUCUCUCUCUCUCUCUCUCUCUCUCUCUCUCUCUCUCUCUCUCUCUCUCCUUCUCUCUCUCUCUACACGUGGGACCUGGAAACUAACCUGUUGUCUUAUCGGAUGAGAAUGGGAGUAGAAACUCCAAUGGCCGACCAACCUCAGCCUUCCACCUCCAGGUAUGUUUGGAGGGAAAUAAAUAUAUAGUAUAUAAACUACAAGCUGUAUACAAUCAGGAGAGACUGUUGAGCUGAUGCCACCAUGCUGGACUCCCUUUUGUUUCUCUUCGUCAUUUAUACAAUCUCUAUCUGUUUUUCUUUCUCGCUCCCUCUUUUUUCUUGUCUGGACUUGAGCUAAGUUUGCCUGUGUGCAAUCUGGGUCAGAGUCAUUGUUUGUGUGUGGAAUUUGGUAUUAUUUAAAAACGAAACAACCCUUGACAUUGGGAGAUGAAGAUUUUUUAAGGGUACAUGUUUGUUUAAAAAAAAAAGAACAAAAAAGGAAGAAAAUGAUGUUUGCAUGAAGGGUUUGUUGUCUGUUACUUCUGUAUCCAAGAUGGACUUUAAUCAGGACCUACAUCGUGCUGCCUGUCUAAGGAACUAUUCAGAGGACACACAAUAAUAAUCUGCGAAAGGCUAGCUCUGUGUAGGUUCCCUGUGUGUGUGUGUGUGUGUGUGUGUGUGUGUGUGUGUGUGUGUGUGUGUGUGUGUGUGUGUGUGUGUGUGUGUGUGUGUGUGUGUGUGUGUGUGUGUGUGUGUGUGUGUGUGUGUGUGUGUGUGUGUUCCGAGAGUAAGUCAGUUCUGAUUGUACUGUUCAUCUUCUAUUAUAUCCCCGUGGAUCUCCUUGGAGGCCACGGUUGCCAAUGGUAACGCCACCCAGCAGUGCGGUGGCGGUGCGUGGAUGCCUGCGCUGUGAGGGCCAUGUGUGCGUUGGCAUCUCUGGAUCUCUGUAUCCUGGCGUAGGUGCGACAGAACCGCAGGCUGGCAGACAUAAUGCCCAGCCUCCCCGACUGCUGGCAUGGUGCUUCUGACUCGGUUGGAUCUCCUCUUCACAUGUUAAAAAGCAUUCAAUGAAAUAGUCACCUGAACAAAUCUGCACUAACCCAUUCAUUCGGCUCACAUCAAUAAGAUCUGUCUUAUUUUUAUAAUGUUGUAUUGUAUGUAUGUAGAAGGAUAUGCAGGCGACCUUGUAUUUAUCACAAAGGUCCUGUGUUUUUUAUAUCAUUUUUUUCUGUUUAUAUGUUUUCUGUCUGUUUUUUAUUGUUAUUUCUCUGUCAAUGGGAAGGUACUCUGUGAUGUUUUUUUACACAGCUUUUUCAGUACAUAUUGCUCUUAAAUGCCCUAUCCCCUCACAUGCACACAGUGAAUAUUGUGUUUGGUAAGAUGUAAAAGGUUUGAGGCAUCAGUGUAAGAGGAGCGCUACUCGCGUGAAACAGAGACCAAAGGUCAUUAACAUCAUCGUUCAGCAGAUUCUAAGUGCCUAGACAAAAAUGAAGGAUUUCUCUGUGUUUUCUAUUGUAUCUUAUCAAGCAGCUGUGGCCUCUUUAUCUGCAAGGCCCAUUUUUGUAUAUCCUUUUUGGUAUUUUUUUGUUGUUUUAUUUUUAUUUUAUUAUUAUUUUUUAAGUUCAGGAAAAGGUCCUUGUUUUACUCUGUAUUAAUGCAAGGCUCCAUCACUUUGGCCUUUAAAAAAAAAGAAAAAAGAUGCGCUUUUGCAAACGGUCACAAUAAUCAACAUGUAUAAUUGCUGCUCUCAUUAAAGUCCCUCACUUGUAA